UGAAGAUGAUAAACAGACUUUCCGUUAUUCUGAUGCGAUCUUACUACGAAAACAAAGCGAAGGUUUCUGUGUAUAUACAAGGAAUAUUUGAUCCAAGUGAUAAAAAUCGCAUGUUUAUUACAAUUCCACGUGAAGCAAAAGCGAUUGUGCAGAGCGUUACAGAAGAGGUGAUGUAUCUGAGUAAGAAGUCAAGAUGUGCAGUUAUUAGGAUUACAGUACUUCCAGGUCUUGAAUCUGCAGGUCCCGAACUCAUCUACGACCUCCGAGUUCGAAACUCCUCCUUAUCGCGUGGACCUAGCAAGGGAUGUAUAAAGAAUUUCGAAAAGCUCGCUCGAUCGUCUUUUCGGGUAUAUCAGCCAAGUUGUCAAGACAUACUCAGCACGAAGGUUGAGCAACAACUUAUCAUUCAAGGAAAACAAGUACCAAAAAAACACCAUCUCCGUUAGAUUUCUGUCCCUGCACCUACUUUUGUACUUAAGGACUGUUGGAGGCCAUUGUAGCACAUCCAGUAUAUAUCUACCUACGCAAUGAAAUGAACUGAGUGUCAGCAUAUUUACUGUU